AUGGCUGGAUCCAAAGCUACUCGUUAUGUUGUUGCUCGAGAAGUUGUCGUUGUUGCUGCAAUUCAAGCAUUGAUCAAUCAACCACCUAUACCUCCACCUUCUAAGAAAAAUGUUGCAAAUCCAAAAGUGGAGGUCGAUGGAAUCAAUGUAAAACUUGCUGAAAGUUGGAUUCUUCCUGACUUCAAUGCUAGCAAUGUUGUGUUGAUCCCUAAGAAGCAUGAUUUGUUAGCUACUAUUCUUCCCUCUCUUAUUUCUAAAGAGCAAAAAGAUUUUAUUGCUGGCAGAAACAUCAAGGAUGGAAUUUGUCUCACUUCUGAGGUCAUAAACAUUCUUGGUAAUAAAAGCUUUAGUGGGAAUGUGACUCUCAAAAUAGAUAUAGCCAAAGCUUUUGACACCCUCAACUGGGACUUUAUCCUCAAGACCUUGGACUGCUUGGAUUUAAUAACAAAUUAUUGCUCUAAUGGGGUGAGACAAGGAGAUCCUCUCUCACCCCUCCUAUUCUGCCUUGCUGAAGAUGUUCUCAGUAGAGGCUUAACUGAGCUUGUCUCCAACAACAAGUUGAAUCUCAUCCAAGCUAACAGAAAUUGUUGUGUUCCUUCUCAUACCUUCUUUGCAGAUGAUAUAAUGAUCUUCUACAGAGGGGACAUUAAGUCUCUUAACUCUAUUUCUUCUCUUCUAAAAGACUAUGACAUCAAUUCUGGCCAGAUUUGCAACAGUUCUAAGUCCAUUAUUCAUGCUGGUGGACUCUCUUUGGCAAGGCAUUGCAGACUUGCUGAGAUAGUUGGUUUUACCAUAGCUUAUCCUCCCUUUGUUUAUCUGGGAUUUCCUAUCUUUGUAGGCAAACCUAAAGCAAUUCAUUUUCUUUCUCUUGCAGGUAAAAUCAGGAUGAAGGUAGCUUCUUGGAAGGCCAAGCUCCUUUCUAUGGCAGGCAGGGUGCUAUUGGUGAAGACUAUAAUCCAAAGCAUGAUGGUGCACAAUAUUGCCAUUUAUGACUGGCCAUCUAGUGUCAUCAAAAGCAUUGAAGCCAGCUCAAGGAAUUUCAUAUGGAGUGAAAAUGUGGAUCAAAAUAAGCUAGUUAUUGUGUCUUGGAAGAAGUGUUGCAGUAAAACAACUGAAGGAGGUCUUGGUAUCAUCUCUUUGAAUCACUAUAACAAAGCCACCAACCUUUACCUUUGCUGGCAGUUUCUUAACAAGGAUAAAGCUUGGUCUAAUAUGUUAAUUGGAGAGCCUCUGGCUUGUAAGUUUAAUAUUCCUGAGAAAUUUCAUGCCACCCUCACUCCUAAGGUGGCUGACUUUUGGAUGAACAACCAAUGGACUUUUCAUGAUAACAUUCUCCUUGCAAGGCCUAAUCUACUUGCUUCAACUUCAGGAUUUUACAUUUCUGAGUUAGACAAGGAGGAUACCUUGGUUUGGAAGAAUUUGGAAAAUGGCAUUCUCACAAUCAAACAUGCCUAUAGUUUCUUGAAACAUGCUGUCACUGAAAAAUGGGAUUCCUUCCCUUGGGACAUUGACUCUGCCCCAGCUCAUUCAAUGAUUUGCUGGAGACUCCUACACAACAAAAUGCCCACAUAUGAGAAUUUACAGCUAAGAGGUUUCUUCUUCCCUUCGCAUUACUCUCUAUGUUGUGGACAUAUUGAAACCUCUACACAUCUGUUCUUUGAGUGUCAGUUUGCUGUCUCCAUUUGGAAUUGGCUAAGUGCAAUUAUAUCACUUCCCAUGCCUAUCAAUUGUUUCUCUGACUGCUGCCUUGUGUUGAAGAAGGCCUGGAAUCCCCAAGCUAGGGUUGUGGUGAAGGCUAGUUUGGUUUACACUUUUUACCUGAUUUGGCAGGCGCGUAAUCUGCAGAGGUUUGAAAACAAAAGCACACAUUGGAAGAACUACAAUAUUAACAUCAUGGUUAGAGCUAAACUUGUGGGAAAUUUAACUAAGAAGAAGAAUGAUGAUUGUAUGCUAAGUUUCUCCUUCCUUAAGUGCUUGCGCGUUUCUGUGGAGCCUCGUGUGCCUUUUACUUACCAUGGAUGUUAUAAGGUGCCCUCCUCUCAAUGGUUGGAUUAA